GUUUGGAACUUUCUACCGCUCUUCGUGGACAACGGCGACUUCAUUUUUCAAGACCUUACGGGUAAGGCUUACCGACUGGACUUGCGUACCGGGGCUGUGCGCUGGAAGAAUGGUGGAAAGGAUGGCACCUGGACAGAUGGCAGCGCAGCCGUCGGCAAUGGGAUGGUCUUCACAGUGCACAACAACGACUUGCCAGGUUUCGAUGAUCUCAGCGAGUACAACCCGGGGACGUUGAGCGCUUUCAACAUUACUGACGGCACUCUGAUUUGGAAG